AUGUUGUUCAUCCUAUUUAUACUACGUUUCACAUUUGCGUCAAAUAUCGCUGCCUACUGGGGACAGAAUGCGGGCGGCAGCCAACAAAGCUUGGGUAAUUAUUGUUCCCUGUCGCCAGCAGAUAUCAUCAUCUUGUCAUUUUUGAACAAUUUCCCAACCCUUAGUUUGAAUUUUGCAAACCAAUGUUCUCAGACGUUUAGCGAUGGCCUUUUACAUUGCUCCCAAAUUGGACAAGAUAUCAAAUCGUGUCAGAGCAAAGGCAAAACGAUCCUCCUCUCGUUAGGUGGUGCUACUGGAAAUUAUGGAUUUUCGAGUGAUUCAGAAGCUAAAACAUUUGCUGGAACCUUGUGGAAUAAAUUUGGUGGUGGUCAGGAUAAUGAGCGACCAUUUGAUGAUGCUGUCGUGGAUGGUUUCGACUUUGAUAUUGAAAACAAGGACCAGACGGGUUAUCCUGCAUUGGCAAAACAAUUACAAUCAUACUUUACAUCAAGUACAAAGAAGUUUUACCUUUCUGCUGCUCCACAAUGUCCAUAUCCUGAUGAAUCGGUUGGAGACUUGAUGUCUCAGGUUGACCUUGAUUUUGCUUUUAUCCAGUUUUACAACAACUUUUGCUCCAUUGAUAAACAGUUCAAUUGGGACACUUGGAGUGAUUACGCUAGUGGGAAGAACAUCAAAUUGUAUUUGGGUAUUGCUGGCUCUCCAUCGUCAGCUGGAUCAGGUUAUGUGGAUUUAUCAACAGUGCAAGACACAAUAUCAAAAAUUAAAAAUGAUGGAUCAUUUGGUGGUGUUUCCAUUUGGGAUAUUUCGUCGGUACCAGACCAAUACAUCGAGGGCAUAAACAGUGCUUUGGAGGGAUCAGCUUCCACACCAACAACCAACUCUGUUAGCGACGUUUACAGCACAUCUGGAAACACAUUAUCCACCAGUGCGCCAUCGCCAACCGCAUAUACACCAGUUACCAGCGCUCCUGCCUCCACCACCCCAUCUACUACAACUAAUGCAUUCUUGAACUGGAUCAAUGGAUUCUUUUCACAACUGUCUCAAGCUUUACAGGCUUCACAAGCUCCUACAUCAGCUGCUACUGAACCAACUACACCAAGUUUAGCUACUCAGGCAGCACCUACUACCACCAACUGGUUUGGUGAUCUUUUUGCUUCUGAAGUCACUACAUAUGUCACAAUAACAACUACAGUUGCUCCUUCAAUAUUUAAAAGGGAUAUCAUUGUGGACUCAGAAGCCACCAACUUUCAUCCUGGAUACCUUAUUGUUGUCACAUUUAUUUCUAUACUCUUUAUUAUCUAA